AUGGCUGAAGCCCAGCUGUGUGGAUUACAGGACGAGUUCACCUGCUCUGUGUGUCUGGACACCCUGACUGACCCCGUCACCAUCCCCUGUGGUCAUAAUUUCUGCCUGAAGUGCCUCACGGACUGCUGGGAUCAGAGCCAAGAGUGCAGCUGUCCUCAGUGCAGACACAACUUCACCACAAGGCCUGAGCUGAACAAAAACACUCUGCUGAAUGAAGUCAUCAAGAAAUUAAAGAAGACGACUCUCAGUUCUCCUCCUCCUCAGAAUUAUGCUGGCCCUGAAGACGUGGAGUGUGACUUCUGUACUGGUAAGAAGUUUAAAGCGGUGAAGUCCUGUCUCACCUGCCCAGCCUCCUACUGUCAGACUCACCUGCAGCCUCACUAUGAAGGAGAUGCCCUGAAGCACCACAAGCUGGCUGAUCCUGAUAGAAAUCUGAAGGAGAAACUCUGUGAGAAACAUCAGAAAAGUCUGGAGAUAUUCUGCAAAACUGAUGAUUCCUGUAUCUGCAUGAUGUGUGUGGUGACUGAACAUAAUGGUCAUAAAAUGGUCAAGCUGGAGACGGAAAGAGAAGAAAAGCAGAAACAGCUGGUGGCGACACUGAGUGACAUCAAGAUGGGACUUGAGGAGAGAGAGAAGACACUGAAGGAAACGAGGAGGACGAUGGACGAGAUGAAGGUGAGUGGAAUAGGAAGACAACACUUCAUAUCAAAGACAUUAGAAAUAAAUGAGAACUUGAAAAGCAGCAGAGCUUCACUGGUGAUGAUGAGUAGGGACACGAGAAGGGAGAGUUAGAGAAGACAUUGUGUGGUGUCCUUCAUGGCCUUUCACUGUUGACAGAAUUCCAGGUGUUAUUCAGUGGAAACUCAGACAGCAUCACCCUAAAGUCCUCUGAUAUUCCAUCAACUGCUUAAAGGGGACUUAACUCUACUGACAAAAACUCACACUGAAGGUCAACGCUGAUGUUCUGAAUUAGAUCAGCAGACACAACGUCUAUUAAUGGUCUAAUUUGGUUUUAUUUAAAAAAUAUCAUUACAUACAAUCAAGUUCAACUUAUACAACA